GACUCAUUGAACUGGUCCCAUUCUGUCAAUCACUAAGCAUCUCCCCUUGCCAGUGUGGAGUUAAAGGAUCAGAUGUCGGAUCCAGGUCACAGAAGAGGGUAGAACGAACUCUCAGUGUUGUUGGUGACAGCUCAGGACAAAGAAGAGGGCAAGUUGUGGGAGGUGGGGUCACAUCGAGUGUGGAGGUGGACGAGCCUCAUGGGUGCUCUGGAGGGCUUUGUGGAGGAGCCACAGGCUGGGCUGUUCUCCCUCCCCCAGGACUGCUUUCUUCUGUGGCUCAUCUUCUUCAAGACUACAGCAUGGAGGAAGAGGAGGGAAUGUCUUCUGGCUUCCACUCAGCCCAGUUACAGGAAUCGUUGACAUUCAAGGACGUGGCUGUGGACUUCACACAGGAGGAGUGGAGACAACUGGAUCCUGCCCAAAGGAACCUAUACAGGUUCGUGAUGCUGGAGAACUAUGAGAACCUCGUCUCCCUCGGGCUUCCUGUUUCCAAAAUGGAUGUGAUCUCACUAUUGGAGAGAGGGGAGGCACCAUGGCGGCCUGAGAGACGUGGCCUCCCAGGCCUUUGUCAUGAUUCUUUUACUUGGCAGACCAUGUUUGAAACCAAGGACUCAAAUGUAAUUCAGGGCAUUUGCCUGAGACCAUCAGCAAAGAAAAGUCUGCCAAAUGACAGUCCCUGGCAUCCCAAAAUGAGACAAGUUGGGGAAUAUGACACAGAGAACCCUAUGGGCAACCAGGAUGGAUAUUGUCAACAAGCAACAGUCACUCCCAGAGCAACUUCUAUUGGGAGAAGUUUUAGUCUAGCAUCAGUCUUUCUUAAACUGUGGAGAAGUAGUAUGGAAGAAAAUCUCCCUAAAUAUAAAACACUGGGACAGAACUACAGGGAUUUUUCAGACCUAAUUACAUGUAAUACUUUUUCCUUAGGAAAGAAUCUUUCUAAAUACAGCACAUACAGGAAGCCCUUCAAUUACCACUCAGACCUAAUUAAAUUUCAUAGAGAACAAGCUGGAGAAAAGCUACAUGCAUACAAUGAAUGUGGGAAGUCUGUUGGCAGAAGGUCAAGUAUUAAUGAACUCCAGAAAAUUUAUAUUGGAGAGAAACAUUAUGGAUGUAAUCAGUAUGGGAAAGCCUUUACCCACAGGAAGAGCUUGACCAAAUUUAAAAGAAUUCAUACUAGAGACAAACUCUUUGAAUGUAAAGAAUGUGAGAGAACCUUCAGCCAAAAGGCAUACCUUAUUUAUCAUCAGAAAAUCCACACUGGGAUGAAACCCUUUGAAUGUAAUGAAUGUUGGAAAACUUUCAAUAAGAGGGGACAUCUUAUUAGACAUCAGAGAACUCAUACUGGAGUCAAACCUUUUGAAUGUAAUGUGUGUGGGAAAGGCUUCAGCCAAAGGGGAAACCUUAUUAGCCACCAGAGAACUCAUACUGGAGAGAAACCCUUUGCAUGUAAUGAAUGUGGAAGAGCCUUUAGUCGGAGGACACAUCUCAUUUAUCAUCAGAGAAAUCACACUGGAGUGAAACCCUUUGAGUGUAAUGAAUGUGGAAAAGGCUUCAUCCAGAUGGGGAGUCUUAAUAGACAUCAGAGAGCUCAUACUGGGGUGAAACCCUUUGAAUGUAAUGAAUGUGGGAAAGCCUUCCAAGAGAAGGGAUGCCUUAAGAGACAUCAGAGGAUACAUAGUGGAGUGAAACCCUUUGAAUGUAAUGAAUGUGGCAAGACCUUCAGUAAGCUAGAAACCCUUAUUAGCCAUCAGAGAACUCAUACUGGAGUGAAACCUUUUGAAUGUAAUGAAUGUGGAAAAGCCUUCCAAGAAAGGGGAUGCCUUAAUAGACAUCAGAGAACUCAUACUGGAGUGAAACCAUUUGAAUGUAAUGACUGUGGGAAAGCCUUCCAGGAGAGAGGAUGCCUUAAUAGACAUCAAAGGACUCAUACUGGACUGAAACCCUUCACAUGCAAUGAAUGUGGAAAAGCCUUCCGUGAGCGGGGAUGCCUUAAUAGACAUCAGAGAACUCAUACUGGAGUAAAAUCAUUUACAUGUAAUGAAUGUGGGAAGGCAUUCAGUGAGAAAGGAAAACUUAUUAGACAUCACAGAACUCACACUGGAGAGAAAACAUUUGGAUGUAAUGAAUGUGGGAAAAACUUUAGCCGAAGAGCAAAUCUUCUUAGACAUCAAAGAACUCAUACUGGAGAGAAAUCUCUUACAUGCAAUGUAUAUGAAAAAGCCUUUAGUGAAAGCACACACUUCAUUUAUCAUCAAAGAAUUCAUACUGGAGAGAAGUCCUUUGACUGUGAUGAAUUUGGAAAUGUCUUUAGCCAGCUUGCAUAACUUAUCCAUCAGAAAAUACAUAACUUAUUAUCUAUCAGAAAACACAUCCUUGAGUGAAACCUUUUGAAGGUAGGGAAGGCUUUAACAAGAAGGGAUGCCUUAUUAGACAAUAGAAUUUAUACUGGAAUGAACCUUUUUUUAAUAUAAUAAAUACGGGCAGCUAGGUGGCGCAGUGGAUAGAGCAUUGGCCCUGGAUUCAGGAGGACCUGAGUUCAAAUCCGGCCUUAGACACUUGACACUUACUAGCUGUGUGACCCUGGGCAAGUCACUUAACCCCAAUUGCCUCACCAAAAAACAAACAAACAACAACAACAACAACAACAAAAAUAAUAUAAUAAAUACAUUCAUUUAGAACAGUAGGCUAAAGUAAAUGUCCAUUAAGAGGCAACUGGUGGCUCAGUGAAUAGAGCAUUGGGCUUGGAGUCAGGAAGACCUGAGUUCAAAUCCAGCCUCAGACAUUUGCUAGCUGUGUGAUCCUGGGCAAGUUUUGCCUAACAAACUGGAUCCAUUGGGGAAGGAAAUGGCAAACCACUUCAGCAUCUUUGCCAGGAAAACCCCAAAUGGGGUCAUGAAGGGCUGGACACAUCUGAAAUGACUAAAUAACAAUAACCCAAAAAAUGUCUGUUGAUUGGAGAAUGGAUAAAGAAAUUAUGUUACGAAUACAGUGAUUUAAUACCACACUUAUAGAAAUGAAUAGGAAGAAUUCAGAGAAACAUGAAAGACAUAUGAACUUCCACAGUGUAAAGUUCGACCCAGGGGAAUGAGAAAAUAUACCUCCCUUCCUUCUUUGCAAAGGGGGCUAGAGAUAUAUAACAUUAUAUUAUUUUUGAGUACAUUUAAUAAAAGUACCCUGACAUACAGACUCUGAGCAAGAUCAGUUUAUUAACGGUGAUAUGUAUAAUGAUAUGUAUAACUGUUAACAAAGUGGGUCACAUGGGCAACUUCAGCAAAGCCAGUGACCCCCAGAGAAGGAGAAAAUGCUCUUUAUUAACUUAGGACAAAGGAGAGUUGGAAGGCAUGGAGACAAGGUGAUAGGUUGUAAGGUUGGGACAGGAAUAUUUUGAUUGGUUAUACUGAGAAAAAUGGGCUGGCAUUCAGGUAAAGCUAAUCAUGUCCCUCUCUAAUAAUUAAAGAAUGUUCAUUGGUUUAUGGAACCCAUCUGUAUCUUUAGUCUUUGCAAGGGAUCACAACUAACAGACUUGCUGUCCCCUUAGAAGACAAAGAAACUCCUUUAAAUACACAAAAAUAGGGAAGGACAGAAAAUGUAUCUUUUAGGGAUGGUAAUUUUGUGGGACUAAACAAACAUAUCCAUGAACUAUCCUAGGAGAUACCAGCAUAAUAGAUAACAUUUCUUUUAAACUAACCUUAAACUAGCUCAGCUGGUUGUAGAUCCAGUUACAAAAUCAAUACAGCUUAAAAUCUGUUACAUUGAGGAAUCAGUACAGUAGAAAUCAAUACAGAAGAAAUUAGAGGUAAUGUCAAUUGUGAUAUUUUCAAAAUACACUAUCAGAAUUGUUUAGUGUAUUGAUUACUUUUGCUUAACUGUUUUUUUCCUCUCCAUUCUUUGUUAAAUUGAAUAUUUCUCUGGAUAGGAAAGGAAAGAGGAAUAGAUUCAGAAAAAAAAAGGUGACAUAAAAGCAAUAUGUUAACAGUAACCUAUACUAAUAUUAUUUGGUUCUCCUCUCCCCCCAACCCAGGGUUACUAAAUUGAUAGAUCAGAGGAGUGCUGUAGAUAAGGUUUAUUUCAACUUUAGCAAACGAUUGGAGUAAGCCUAAAGCUAUUCUUAGGGGUUAGAAAAUAGUAAAAUAGAAUGUUCCAAAAUAGGUUGAAUGGUUAGCUCCAAAGAGUAUUCAAUGAGUAUGUCAAAUUAUAAGGAGUAUAGUGGUAUGCUUUUACUGAUGAUGGACACAGACAUAGCAUAAUUUUCAGAUUUGUAGAUGACAGAUUUUGGAGGGAUAACUAACAUACUGGAACAGUCAGCAUCUAAGAUCUGGAUCCCAGUCUCUGGCCGAAUUUUAAAGGAUGAAAUUUAAUGAUAAAUGUUAAUUCAGGGGUUGCUAGGUGGCAUGAUGAAUAAAGUGGAAGAUAUGCAGUCAGGAAAACCUGAGUUCAAAUUCAUCUUCAGUGACUUACUAGCUGUGUGACUAUGGGCAAAUCACUAAACUCUGACUCAGUUUCCUCAUCUGUAAAAUGAACUGGAGAAGGCA